CUCGAAGCUAAUUUCCUCACAACAACAAACAUGACAGGAGUGAUCGAUCACUGAUCAUCACGGAUCACUCACCACAUACCAGACCAACCAGUAGAGCAAUCCCGCAAACAGCAUGUCAACAUCCAGCAUCCUUGCAUGGCUAGAAUCAAUACCUACAAGACGUCCCUCCGAUCAUAAAUCCUCCAGCGAAAACCCCUCCAAACGUCGUCGCCUCAAUCCUCCGACGCCAGACCCAUCACUCUCUCCCAAAAUGUCCGAAUCCGGCAGAACAAGCCCGGGAAAACGCAAAGUCCAAUCUGAUCUCGGAACAACUCAGUCUAAGAAAUCGAGGGAUAUCCGCAGUGAGAUUGGACUACCACCUUCAGAAACCUCAUUCGCUGGUUCAGGACGGAUGUCACCGUCGAAACAGUUUCAGCUUUUGAAGCUUUGUCCUGGUGGACCUGAUUAUGAAGAUUUGUCGCAAAUGUCGAAUAAACCAAAGGAGUUACGUGAUCUUUUGAGGAAACUUGAUCGUGUGAUGGAAGGGUUUGAUAUCGUUUCUGAAUCGAAAAAGGAUGAAGUGACUGCCGCGGCGCAAAAUUAUGAGGAUGAGUUUGAUUGGGUUAAUACGGGCACUCAUCACUUCUCUAUGUUUCGCGAUCAACUUGGCCCAACGCCAGAAGUCGAAUUUGUGUUACAAAUUCUUGAUAAAGCGGCGAGCUGCAAUACUCACCAACAUCAUGAGGAUGAGUGGAAUAAAUCCGUUCACGCACUCAUUCUAGAGUUUGCAUUCCAUACGAAGGGGCAGCGGGUUAAGGAUCAGCUAAUUAGUUGCUCAAGUUGCAUCAACGCUGCAAUUCUCCCAGAGUAUCAAACCCGCACGGCAGGGGUUUCGAAAAAGGUUGAUUUUUGUAUACACAUCAACCCCAAGAAUGACAAAACUUCACCAAUCGCGCAAUCUAUCAAGAAGCUCAUCAAUCAUCUUCCGGGGAAUAUGUUCAACUUCACAAGCUUUCAGCCUCUUUACGAACAACCGAUUGCUCUCAGUAUUGAGACAAAGAGACCAACAGAAGGAUUCGACGUUGCGAAAUUGCAAUUGGGUGUUUGGCAAGCUGCUCAUUGGAUGUUUCUCAACACCUUGAUUGAGACGCAGCAGCAGAUCCUCAAGGAUAGCCAGCAAACCAAAGGCCAAAUAUCAGCUGUGGAAAGUGAUAUAAUACACCUGGAAGAGUUAGAAAUUCAUACACAACAGCAGCCACCAGAUCCACGGUCCAAACUUCCGGAUUUCAUCCCUGGUGUUAUUAUCAACGGGCAUGAAUGGUGGUUUACUGUCACAACUAUGGAAGAGACAAGAGUCAAGUUCUAUGAAAAGGUUGCACUGGGGAGUACGAAGAGUACGAAAGAUAUAUAUAAACUGAUAUAUAGUUUGCAGAUUUUGAGGCAAUGGGUUGAUGAGAUUUACUGGCCUUGGCUUCGGGAUCUGAUAUUAGUUUCCGAAUGAGGAAGCACUAGCUUAUGAAAUAGACUAUGUGUUAUGCCAUAUGUGUGUAUAGUCUCGGCAGCGAAAGCAUCAACCAGUAGCGUACAGAUGUUGGCAUGACCCAAUCAAAGGUACUAUCAAGG